CUUCUUCUUCUUCUUCUUCUUCUCCUCUUCCCUCUCUCUCUUCUCUCUGAAAGCCCCUUUCUCUCUUAAAGCCACUCUCUCUAUCUAAACUACUUGCAUUCAUUCUUUGCUUCCUCCUUUUAUAUCACGAGAUACCCAUCUCUUUCUUUUCUUCUCGCCUCCCCUCCCCCCCCUUAAUGUCUUCUUCUUCACAGUCUCUGGUUCCGGCUUCAUUUCUAUGCUUAUGGCUGUCUGCAUUUACUUCUUGCUCUCUGUAUUGUAGUUCCAUUGGUUCCAUUUACAGACUUUGCUGAAACGAGCUCUGGAGGGGGAAGGGCUUAGAGGGGAAGAGGGAGAGAAUUGGAAGGACCCAUUUUGCCAAAUUUGCUUCUUGCUUGGUUUUGUUGCUGGGGUGGAAGACAGACGAAAUGUCGCAUUCUGGGAAACCUGUGUCGGACCUGGGGUGCGAUAGGCUCGCCGAUCAGUUGAGGGAGUCACUUAGUUGUGAGGCUAACAAGCCGGAUUUCCGAGAACUCGAUCUGGGAUCGCCGGUUUCGCCGCUCAGACCUCGGUCCAGUGCGCCUACCACGACUACAACCACCACAAGUUCCAGUUCUAGCUCAUCCGGAUCCGUUUCGGGUAGGAAUGGGAACUAUCAUGUAUCUAGAAGAUCCGAAUCCGGACCCGGUAACCAUUCCGGCGAACUCUCUGGUUCGAGUGAGAGCAGCCCUACUGGCCCCAACAGGAAUCUGAAACCGGGUCACGCAAGAUCCGACUCGGGCACCACAACCCACCCGUUGAUCUAUUCGGGUCAGAGCUCGGUGACAUCUCCUCAGGUAAACGUCCCACCCACCGGAAAUAUCUGUCCGCCUGGGAGAGUACUUAAAACGGGUAUGGUGACGAGCCGGAGCACCAGGACCGACGUUUUGGGAUCUGGGUCGGGUAACUAUGGGCAUGGUAGUAUAAUGCGUGGCGGAAGCAGCGGAAGUGGUGCAUCAAGACCUGCUUCUGUUGACUCUGGGGGCACAGCCAAUGUACGAGGCGGUGGCAUAGACGUAAUGGGGUGGGCAAUGUCGAGUGUUGAUCCAGAGGAGGUGAAGAGAGUGGGGAAUGACGUCUAUAAGAAGGGGCAUUUUGUCGAGGCACUGGCGUUGUACGACAGGGCAAUAGCGUUGUGGCCAGGGAAUGCAGCCUACAGGAGCAACCGGGCAGCAGCCUUGACUAGUCUGGGGAGGAUAGGAGAGGCAGUGACGGAGUGUGAGGAAGCGGUGAAGUUGGAUCCUAACUAUGGGAGGGCUCACCAGAGGUUGGCUUCGUUGAUGCUUAGGUUAGGGCAGGUUGAGAAUGCAAGGAAGCAUCUUUAUUUUCCUGGAAAGCAGCCAGAUCCAGCUGAGUUGUACAAGUUGCAGGCAGUGGAAAAACAUCUUAACAAAUGCACAGAUGCUCGGAGGAUCAGAGACUGGGAAAGUGCAUUGAGGGAAGGUGAGGCUGCUGUUGCUUCCGGGGCAGACUUUUGUCCUCAGCUUUCUUUGUGUAGAGUAGAAGCCCUUUUGAAACUCCACCAGCUUGAUGAUGCUGAAUCUAGCCUAUCAAGCAUUCCCAGAGUUGAAUCAUAUACCACCUCCUGCUCCCAGACUAGGUUUUUUGGGAUGCUUUCCAAAGCUUAUCCUUUCUUUGUCCAAUCACAAAUUGAGAUGGCACUGGGAAGGUUUGAGGAUGCAGUUACAGCUGCAGAGAAGGCAGGGCAGAUUGACCCUCGAAAUGUUGAAGUUGCAGUACUGCUUAACAAUGUGAGGUUGGUUGCAAGAGCUCGUGCUCGUGGCAAUGAUCUUUUCAACUCUGAAAGGUUCACUGAGGCCUGCUCAGCAUACAGUGAAGGUCUCAAGCUUGAUCCAUCAAACAAAGUUCUCUAUUGCAAUAGAGCAGCUUGUUGGUCUAAGCGUGGGCUGUGGGAGCGAUCUAUCCAGGACUGUGACCAAGCUUUACGUAUCCAUCCCAGUUACACAAAAGCCCUUCUUCGAAGGGCUGCCUCAAAUAGCAAGCUAGAAAGAUGGGCUGAUGCUGUAAGAGAUUAUGAGGUUUUGCGGAGGAAACUUCCGGACGACAAUGACGUCUCUGAAUCUUUUUUUCAUGCACUAGUUGCAUUGAAGAAAUCUCGCGGAGAAGAAGUCCAUAAUAUGAAGUUUGGUGGUGAAGUAGAGGAAGUGUCUGGUGUUGAGCAGUUCAAAGCUGCAAUAUCUCUACCAGGUGUCUCUGUAGUCCAUUUUAAAGCAGCCUCUGACUCACAAUGCAAGCAGAUAUCUCCAUUUGUGGAUAUAUUGUGUGGCCGCUAUCCAUCCAUAAAUUUCCUCAAGGUGGACAUUGUUGAGAACCCAGCAGUUGCAAGUGCUGAGAAUGUGAAGAUUGUACCGACAUUCAAAAUAUACAGAAGUGGUAGCCGGCUCAAGGAAAUUGUCUGCCCUAGCCGGGAGAUGUUGGAACACUCGGUGAGGCAUUACAGCUUUUAGACCUCGUGAAUAUGGUGUACUUCUCUGCCCUUUUUUGUGAUUUCUACUUCCUGCGGAAGCAUCCAUUUUGUUGGGAACUCUUCCACUGCCCUCCAAAUCUUUCUUUGACUCCACAUAAGGACUCCCAGAUACCUGUGACAUAAGUCAGAGCUACAAAAUAAUCUUACUAGCAGCCAAUGCCAGAGGAACCCAGAGAAUUAGCUUAAUUCGUUCUCUUUUGCAGUUUUCAUUUAUUCAUUUAUUACUCAUUGCUCUAGGGUUCCAUUUUCUUCGUCCAUUCCCCCUUCUUUUUUUUUUUUUCCUUCCUUCUUUGAACUUUUUCCCAUUUUGAUGUAGGUCAGCUGGUUCUUGUAUCACUACUUUCAUUCUGUGAAAAAAAAAAAAAAACCGAAACAAAAAGAGAGAGAGAUAAAGUGAAAUAUCAAAACUGUACAAUCUGAUUAAGUUUAGUUAAAUUUUAGGGACAUAGUGAAAGGAUUGGCAGGCUGUUAGAAGAGGAUCUGUACAUGUACACAUGUGAUGAUAUAUACAAAACAUUGGAAAGCCCUGUGGGAGAUUGGAUGUCUGUCUGGUGGGUAGUUAGUUACUGUGUUAGUAAAACAAGGAUGAAUAUCUUGUUAUCAAUAUUGUUGUUUCUUUUCUCUGCCAUUUCAUCAAUAAAAUCCCCAUUUUUUG